AUGUACGUUUGUGGUCGCGUUGAUGACUUGGCUUGUGUGGAAGGUCGUUUAGGUGGUACAAUAUGUAUUUUGUGCUUGUGCUUUUCCUCUUUUUUGAUGACUGCAGUAGCAGCAUGCUGGCGGUACACGUCUAAGACUGGAAGAUGCGUGUAUUUGAGCUCUGGUGUAUCGAAACAAGUCAAGACAAGCUUUAGUUGCGGCACGACGAAGCGCUGUUUCGUCAAAAUUGACGAAGUUGACACUCGCACUUCAAUCAUCAGUCCAGGAAAUGUUAAUGCGAUUGUAGGGCAAUAA